AUGGAUAAAAGUUUAGCAGAAAAAAUAAAAAAUGUGGAUAUUACCCCAAAAGAAAUUUCCCAUUUUAAAACAAAGGAAUGGAAUUAUCGUAAAGGGUUAUCAGUUGAAAAUUCAACAAGAGAAAUUGUUAAUAUUUGGAAGUGUGAUCCAUUUUUUGCUAAAAUUAUAUUUAAUGAAAAUAUUGGAAAAAUGAUUUGCGAUUUAAUGGGAUGGUCAGGAUGUCGUUUAGCACAAGACGAGUUAUUUUGGAAACCACAUUUAGGUGGUAGUGUAGGGUAUCAUCAAGAUGGACCAUAUUUAGAUUUUUUACCAGCUGAAACUAUUGCAAUAUGGGUACCAUUAAAUGAUGUUUCAAUUGAAAAUGGUACACUAGAAUAUGCAACUGGAAGUCAUAAUUGGAAAACUCCAAGUGGUAUAAUAGAUGAUUUUCAUAAUCCAUUAAAAUUUAAACUAAAAAUGGAGGAUGCUGCCAUGAUUGAAGGAAUUGAAAAACCAGAUAUUCAUGUGGUAACUUUGAAAAGAGGUGGAGUAUCAUUUCAUCAUGGUAAAUUAUGGCAUGGUUCUUCAAAGAAUCCAAGUUCUACCAAAGAGAUGUGCUUUUCAUUUCAUACCAGAAAAUUGUGUAUUCAAUGA